GGAGCAGGCAGAGUCUGGGGUGGGAACAGAAGGAAUUGUGUUGGGAUUUGCCUUGGAAAGGGUUGAGGCAGGAGAGAAGAAAGCAAUACCCAGGUCUGGGAGAGGGAAGGGCAGGAUGGACCUGGGGGAGAGACCAGCCCCAUCUCCUGUGAGGAGGGAACUGAGCUGCCUGGGAACAUGACUGGGAAGAACAUGUCCGUUCCCACUCUGGCAGGUUGUCACACCUUGAGGAAGAGCAUCCUCCCUGACUUCAUCCCUCCAGCCACCCAGGACCAGCUCAGAAUUUCCCAGGGAUUCUCCCUGCUUGUGCUUCCAAGCAAGGAGCAGUAGAGGGAGACUGAGGAAAGCUGCUGGAGGCUUCAGUGGCUGGAGAGCUCCAGGGAGAUGUGCAGGCUGGGUUGGUUCAGGCUGGGUUGGUUCAAUCACUGUCCCACGUGAGGCUGGGGCUGGAGGACCCUCCCAGCCCAGUCCUAGCCCCAUUUCAUUGUCAGACUCUGACCCUCUGUGCUCCCUGCUGCUGCCUCUGCCUCAUGCCUUCAGGGAUGUGGGCUCCUUCCUCUGUCCAGAGCCAUGCUGGGUCAUCUCAACCUGCAGAAGCUCAGCCUGUACCCUGUGUCCAAAGUUCAGCCUGUGCCCACACUCCAAAGGAAGCUCACAAUGGGGGGAUGAGUUUCACAGGCAAGAACAUGGCUCUGCUGUGCCUCAUCCUCCAUCCUGCAAAGUGGCUCUCCCCUGCGCUGGGGGGAAUGUUACCCAGAAGUUACACAGAGUCAGCUGCAAACCUGCAAGUCACUGGUUUGGAACUUGGAGGCACCUCUGGGAUGUCCUGUCCAUCCACUGGCUUAGCAGAGCCAGCUUUAGUGGGUCCAUCGUGGUGGGAUUGCUGAGAUGUGCUGUGCAGGCUCAGGAGUCCUUGUGAGUUCCUUCCAACACAGGGAGUUCCAUGAUCCUGUUCUAGAAUUAGGCUGCUGGAAGCUGUGACCAGGUGGUGUUUGAGAAUCUCCCCGAAUUGAACUUCCAGCAGCUUGGCAGUCUGCUCUGGUUUUGACAGUCCUCAUAGGAAAAAAAGGGUUUUUCUUUCAAGUGGUAUUUGCUGGUUUUGCUUUGUUACUGUCUCAGUCCUUACUGGGACACUCCUGGCUCAAAGGGUUGGCUCUCUGCACCCUCCUGCCAGGGCUUGCCUGGGUGACAUUCCACUGCCCCUUCUCCAAGCUGGGCACAUUCAGCUCAGCCUCUCCUUGUGGCAGGUGCAGUCCCCUCAUCAUCAUCAGGGAAUAUCCUUCUGUGGAGAUCAAAAAGUCAUCUGGACACCUCCUCCAGGGAACUCUUGUGGAGCAGAGGGUGGGAUGGGGUGACCUCCUGUUGUGCCAUCCAUUCUGUACUGUCCUGUGGUCAUCAUCACUCAAUCUGCUCCAGUGUGCCCCCAUCUCACAGUGGGAGCACCAGCAUCCCCAGUGCCAGGGGAGGGGUCCCAUCUCUGAGAGAGGCUCUGCCCAUGGCACCCAGGAGAGCAGUGACUACUCUGCCAGUGGCCAGCUUGGUGCUGCCAGGUUUCUGGGCAGGGCUGCUGUUCUCCAGCAUGCCUGGACUGGGGAAUGUGGGGCUGCUGGUCCUUACUGAGCCUGGCUGGCACUGGGAGAAAGAGCUGAGCCUGUGUUUUACUGCCCCUGAUGCAAUCCUGCUGCAAUCUGCUUUCCAAGGCCGUUGACUCAGUGGAAGGAUCUGCUCAAAGGGGCCCCUCUAAGCACGAAGGCUGUGGCAGCAGAGGGGAGAGGGGUCCUGGGGGGUAGCAGCUCCUUCCUCUGCCCAGGUAGGGAAACCAGUGGGGUCAGUAGUUGCCAUCACCAGGCAACACUGGUGGUGAUCUGUGGAGAUCUGGCUACCAAGCUGUGCUUCUUCCAGGCUCAUCGGCCCUUGCUGGGGCUCUGCCAAGAAUGUUUUACCCCAGGACUGACCUGGUUGUGGCCCUGGAGCUGUGCCCCUUUGUCCCAUGGCAUUCAUGAGCUGGGUGCUGAGAUGCUUCUGCCAGCUGGAGCAGAGCAGGCAGGGUGAAGGCUGGCUCCUCCUGAUGGCAUCUUGGAAUCCCCAGGCUCUGGGGGGACCCCAGAGCCCCUUCCAGUGCCUAGAGGGGCUCCAGGAGAGCUGAAGAGGGGCUUUGGACAAGAGCUUGGAGUGACAAGAGGAAACAACUUCCCAUUGCCAGAGGGCAGGGGACUGGCAGAGCCCCCACAUCCCUGGCAAAGGUGCCAGCAUCCCCCACAGGGCUGGCAGCAUCCCUGGCUCAGCGGGAAGUGCUCUCAUCCCUCAGCAAGCCAACGCAUUCCCCCGUGCUGUGCCCUGUCCAAGUCACAGUGUCACCCACCGUCCUGGUCUGAGUGGAAAAUGGGCUGAAGAGGAGAGGUGCAGGGGGAGAAGCCGAAGGUCUCCACAGGCACGGCUGCAGCUCGCUGCUGAGGUGUCGCCAGUGCUGUGACAGGACCGCGCUGCGCUGUCCCAGCCGUGCCAUAAACCCGCUGCCUGGCCGGGGAGCCGAUAACAGCGGGGCUGAAGUCCAACGCAGGCAGCUCCAGGGGAGCACAUUCCAGCCCGGGGCUCACAGCGUGGCCUCUUCCAGCUCCGUGUUCCCGUCGUGGUGCCCGGGAUGGCUGCAGGCGGGCGGGCAAUGCUGGCCCUGCUGGUGCUGCUGGCCAGAACUGUCCUCCCCAGUGGAUCCGUGGUCGUCAACAGCUGCAGCAGUGCGGCUGAGCAGCUCUGCAACUUCGUCUGUGACUGCAGCGACUGCUCGGAUGAGAACCAGUGUGGGUACCUAUGGGGCUCAGCAGUGCUGGGCACCCCCUUCACCUGUGACUUUGAGGACAGUGACUGUGGCUGGCAGGACGUGGGCACCUCGACGUAUGGAUGGGUGCGAGGCCGGGCCAGCCUUGCCAAGUGGGGCAUGGGGCCUCAUUCAGACCACACCGUGGGCACUGACCUGGGUUGGUUCUUGGUCACCAUGUCCCCCCCAGCAAAGACCACGGCCACAGCCUGGCUCAGGUCACCGGAGAUGCGGGAAGCAGCUGCCACAUGUGAGAUCAGAGCCUGGUAUCACCUCUCAGGGAGAUGUGAGAGCACCCAAGGGCUGAACCAGACAGAGCGGCCGGUGCUGCGCCUGGCCGUGGCACACAGGGAUGGGGUGGUGGAGCUGUGGCAGAGCCCUGAGCACAGCAGGGUGGGCUGGCACCCGCUUGUUGCCUACUCCGGACGGAUUGUGGAGCAGUUCCAGCUCAUCUUCUCCCUGACACAACCACCCACCUGUGGGGCAGAGGUGGCGCUCGAUGACAUCAUGUUCAGGAACUGUGGCUUACCCGAGGUCGGGCAGCAGGCCUGCGGGGCCCAGGAGAGGCGCUGCCACCGCGGCUCCUGCCUGGCACAGCGUCGUUUCUGCGACGGCACCGAUGACUGCGGGGACAACUCGGAUGAGGGCGCGGCGCAGUGCAAGAACUUCACCUGCUGCUCCUUUGACUAUGAUCUCUGUGGCUGGGAGAUGGCAGCCGGGCCCCCAGUGUGGGGCAGGAACACGAGCCUGAACCUGGGCACCUCCUACAGCAUUCCCACUCGGGACCACAGCAACAACAGCAGGGCAGGUUUUUUCCUCCAUGUGAGCAGUGACCCCACUGCACAAGCUGGUGGCACAGCUCAGCUCAGCAGCCCCACCUUCCAAGCCACCAACUCCUGUUCUCUCGUACUGUACUGUCACCUCCAUGGCUCAGCCACCAGCACCCUCAGCAUCUCCUAUGUGACCAACUCUACCAAGCACCUGAUGAGGGAAAAGACAGGAGACCUGGGCAGCUGCUGGGUGCGGGAGAGAGUGGACUUCAAUGUGGCGGAUCCCUUCAAGGUGCUGAUCGAGGGGUUGGCUGGCAGCGGGGGGACCGUGGCUGUCGAUGACCUCAUCCUGUCUCAGGGCUGUGUGAAGGAGCAGGAGAAGCCUCUGGUCACACUGCCGAGCCAGGCCCGUGCCAGCCCCUGCGCAGCAGACGAGGUGGCCUGUGACAGUGGGGGCUGCAUUGCUGCAGAGCUGGCCUGCGACUUCGCCCACACCUGUGCUGACGGCUCCGACGAGGAGCGCUGUGGGACAACAAACUUCGAGUCAGGGGCUGGGGGCUGGCACGACGUCAGUGUGGGGCGGCUGCGCUGGGCUCUGCAGAAGGUCACUGAAUCUGACAUCUUCCUCACAGGGACUUUCCUGGCCCUCCAGACAGGAGAAGGACAGAUGGUGGGUCCUGCAAAGGCACGAUCGCCUCUGCUGGGCCCCUCUGGCCCUGCCUGCACCAUGGAGAUGAGCUACCACAUCCACAGUGACCCCCAAGGCUUCCUUGCCAUCAAUGUCGCAGAUCACACCACUGGCAGCACCCAGCUGGUCUGGCAGACACAAGGCCGUGGCAGCACAACUAGGGGUCACGUCCGUGUCCCUCUGGGAGAGAGAAGCCGGCCCUUUCAGGUCGAGCUGCUGGCACUGGUGGAUCUCCAGGGCUCAGCCAGUGUCGGUGUUGACAACGUGACAUUCGAGCAGUGCUACCACGACGUGGUGACACCCACAGCUGCAGAGCUGUCCUGCAACUUUGAGAGGGGCAUGUGUGGCUGGUACCAGGAUCUGUCCAGUGACUUCAAAUGGGUCCACAGCACAGGGCAGGGACAGGGCUCUGACCACACCACCGGCUCGGGCUACUUCUUGUCCGUGGAUGCCUCUGUGCCAUGGAGCCACGGGCAGCGGGCGCUGCUCCUCAGCUCCCACCAGGAGCCGGCCGCUGCCCUUCGCUGUCUGUCCUUCUGGUACCGCCUGGCGGGCCCACAAAUCGGUACCCUGAGCCUCAAGCUGUGGCCAGAGGGAGGAGAGGAGGAGGUGCUGUGGACCCGCCGCGGAACCCAGGGCAGCAUCUGGCACCGGGCACGGGCGACACUGCCCUCCACGGGCCAGCGGCGGUACCGGGUGGCUUUCGAGGUGCUGCACGACGGUUUCCUGGGCGACGUGGGGCUGGACGACAUCACGCAGACAGCGGGACCCUGUGGGGCCGAGCUCUCCUGCUCCUUCGAGGUGGAGGGCUGUGGGCUGGCAGCCAGUGGAGAGGGCACCUGGCAGCGACAGAGCAACGGCACAGGCACCACCGCCGGCCCUGUGGCCGACCACACCACGGGCACCGCCGCAGGCCAUUACAUGGUGGUGAACACGGGCAGGGUCUCCCUGCCUGCAGGGCACACGGCUGCCCUCACCUCCCAGCCCUACCAGCCCUCAGUGUCUGCCCAGUGCCUGGCCUUCUGGUACCAGCUGAGCCCUGGGACCCCAGGCUCCCUCAGGGUGUUCGUGGAGCAGAGCAGGGUGAGGAGGAAGGUUCUGAGCGUGAGCACCAUGGAAGGGAGCAGCUGGCACCGCAGCCAUGUCACCGUCCAGCCCGAUGGCGACUGGCAGGUGGUGUUUGAGGCAGUGGGAGCUGGGGGUGACCACGGAUACAUCGCACUGGAUGACCUGCAUGUGUCGGAGGGAGCCUGCCCCAAGCCAGCAUCCUGUGACUUCGAGCAGGACACUUGUGGCUGGAGCAGCCCCUUGGACCCCCGCUUGCACAGCUUAGCCUGGGGCUGGAAGAGUGGUGUCACCCUGGCCAAGUACCCUGGCCCUGAGCAGGAUCACACCCUGGGUACAAGGAAUGGUCAUUACAUGCACUUUGACACCAGCGUGCUGGGUGCCAGGGGCACCAGUGCCCUGCUGGAGAGCCCACCCCUGCCUGCAGCCACCGACUCCUGCCUGCGCUUCUGGUACCACAUGGACAUCCCGGAGCACCUCUCCAGCGGGGAGCUGCGGGUGGCGCUGCGCGGCGCGGGGGGCCAGCGCACGGUGUGGAGCGUGCCGGGGCACCGCGGCCGGGGCUGGCGGGGCGCCGCGGUGCCGGUGCAGAGCCCCGGUGAGUUCCAGAUCAGCUUUGAGAUCACCACACGGAGGUGGCCGAUGGAGGGGACAGUGGCACUGGAUGACAUCAUGUACAGCGCCAGGGUGGGCUGCCAUUCCAGCCCGGAGAGUCCAGUGGAAGGACAAGGUCAUUAUAUCUCCACGGGAGGGGGAUUGAGUCUUGAAAUUAGCAGCCAGCAGCAGGAAUUGCCUGCUCCCCCCGGGCAGACCAGCCCUCGACAGAACCCACACUCCAUCAGCUGCCUGCUCUCUGCCCUGGCACCAGGAGCCGGCGCCCCGGGGAGCCUGCCCCGCCCAGGGACACACCGCAGCCAUCACUACCUCCAAGUGCUCGGGAAAAGCGUUUGUGUUGUUUGUAACAUGAAGUUUUGCUCACAAGACACAGCAAUGUGCCCGUGCUUUGGCAAGGGGCACGAGUGGGACUUCUCACAGUGGCUGUCCUCAUCCAAACAGGGUUCUGGCCAUGGAAGGGAGGGUGAAGUGUGGGGUCCUGGCCCCAAGAGCUGGGAAGAACAGUGGGUGCUGCAGAGGGUGUGAGCCACUUCCCAUGCCCAGGACAAAGCACAAGAGCUCCCAGGGCACAGAGACCCCAGGGGGAAGAAGCUCAGUGUUUCUGCUGGUUUUGGGGAGGGUGAGUGGUGGGUGCGAGGGCAGGGAGCAGAGGGGGGCAUCACACAGCACCCCUGAGGGCAGCAGGCAGCUCCCACUCUGGUGUACGGGUGCCCAUCUGCUGCCCACAUACCUUGUGAAUGCACUCGAUAAACAUCACUGGGAAACCCAGUGCAGGCUGAGGUGCAGGCUGGACUCAGGGCCUGGACCCCCACUCUGCCGCCAGUGCAGCCGAGCCCAGGACCCCUCCCCUCAGCCCCAGCUUUCACACCUUAACACUGUCAACUCCCAACCCAGCUCCACACACAGCCCAGUUCAGCCCCUGCACAACAAGGAGUAUCCUGCUACCCCCUGCCCCAGGUACAGCUGGAGGGACGUGCUGCUUACCCAGACUGUGACCAGAGCCUGCUCCCUCUCACCCAGCUGUGUCCCCCUUAGGUGCUGCUUCAGUCAUGCCAAGCACCAUCCCCACAGCCCUGUCCUGACUGCAGAAAUGAGGGCCCAAGAGAGCUGAGAGCUGGGGAAGGGCAAGGAGGGCUCAGGCUUCAGCUGAUGUCUCUGCAGCUGCCUGGAUGCGCAGAGCCCCACAGCACUGACUGAAGGCCCAGGCUGCUGGCCAAGCUGCACCAUCCCCAUGCAGGGAGAGGGGACACAGCCAGGAAGGCUGUGACAGUGCUGGCCCUCAUCCCAGGCACCCCAGGUGUCCCUUUAAUUACAAUCCCAGAAGGAAGAGGUGACGCAGCUCCAGUCACACCCAGCCACAACAUUUACUAACAGCUGGUCACAUGCAGCAGCUCCCCGGGCAACUGAAGGGUAUCAAACUUUAUUAUAGAUCUCUUUAAAACAGGCUGGAAAGAACAAACCAAACUCAUUGAGAUACAGUGACUGAGUCAUCAUUUCUGAUCAAGCCCCAACUCUCCCAAAUUAUUUAUAUAUAAUAUAUCUCACCCAUCCCCCAAAUUGUUUCAAUUAAAUCCUCACAUUUCAGACCACCCUAAUUGCCUUAACAUCAGCUGCUGCUAACACCACAAUGUACAUGUUUUCUGGCAAAUCAGAGGCAGGGUUUGGGUUUUUUCUUGGGGUUUAGAUCCUCAAUCUCUGAAAAGGAGCAAGGAAAAACAAACAUCAGGAAAUUGCUUCUUUAAGGUUGCUUUUUACAGCAGGUACAGAUUCAGCAGAUUUCCCCCCAAAGCAAGUCUGAAACCCUCUUGUUCAGCUUGGCAAUAUGCAGAGUGGUUGAGGAGAACCAGAUCAGUCUAAGCAAAGGGAUUUCGAGGCUUUG